GAUAGAAAGAAGGUAGAAGAUUUCACGUAUAUAAACCCCGGGGAAAGCCGGUAAAAGUAUAGUUCAAUUCUGGACCUCGAUCUGUGAAAGCAUUACAGCUACUACUAACGUUAAUCACCAUGAAAAUCAUCAUUGUUGCUCUGGCUCUGGUUGUCUUGGCUGCUGCCGAUGAUGACAAAUACACCACGAAAUACGACAGUGUCGACACGGAUGAGAUUCUGAAAUCGGACCGUCUUUUCGUCAACUAUUUCAAGUGCUUGAUGGAUGAAGGCGCCUGUACUCCAGACGCAAAUGAGCUGAAGCGUUCUCUGCCGGAUGCUCUGGAGAAUGACUGUGCCAAGUGUAGCCCGAAGCAGAAGGAAACCAGCAGUAAGGUCAUCAAGAACCUAACGGAAAACCGUCCCGAGCAGUGGAAACUCCUGAAAGCCAAGUACGAUCCCAACAACAAAUACGUCGAGAAGUACGCCUCCGAUGCUGAUAAAGAUGGAAUCAAACUGUGAAGUUUUUUCUUCGAUCUGGUUUGACUGACGUUUUGCUGGACAAAGCGGCUGCUGAUGUUGACCCUUGACCCUGUAAUGCCUUCUGGCUGCCACUUUUGAUAGAAAUAAAGAAAUUACCUACAAUUGCACAAAAAAAAAUUCGC